AUUCUGCUACCGUCGCAUUGUACACUACCAUCUCAAUCAGAAGCUCCCCCGCAAGCUUCGUCCACCUCCGAAUCAAGCGCCGUCCGGCGGCUAAGAACGAAGCCAUGGACCGCACUCACAAGGGCGGCAUCAAGGGCUACUGGAAGCGCCGGGGCUACUACCACCUCGACGCCGCCGCCGCGCAGCGCCGCCAGCCGCUCCCCACCGCGGAGCUAGGCGGCGGCGCGCCUGCGAAGGAGGGCCCCGGACGGCGCCGUCGCCACGGGUGGCGCGUGCGCCGCGGCCUGGGGCGGCGGGUGCUCCGCGCGCUCUCGCCGCGGGGGUGGCUUGUGCGGCUCCGUGACGCGUACAUCUCGGCCAUGCUGCGGUUGGCCUCCUCCCCGGCCGUCGGGUACGGCGCCGGUGCGCCCUACUGCGCCACGACGACCCACGGCGCGUUCGCGCGGCCGCCGCAGCUCAAGGAAUACGACGAGAAGGUGCUCGUGGAUAUCUACAGGUCCAUGCUCGCGCGCGGCGGGCCCCUCGCCGUCGCUGGCGACGGUGUCAGUGCGUCUGCUACCUCCGCUGCCGCCCUACGGCUACCUACAGCGGUUUGAUCAACAAAGAUGUAUUCUUGCUUACAGUAUUUCUUCGAUACUUGAACUACGCGUAAGUCGUAACUUUUCGCGCGUCUCAAAGCUAUUCUUGUUCAGAAAUUAUGGUUCCUGUUCUUGCUUACUUCAUUCACAACAUUUAUAGACAUGAAUAUUUGGAAUCGACACUAUGCUGCA